AUGUCGGGAGGAGUCUCGGAGCAGGAGCUCGCCGCUAAACUCGGAGAUGUUGCGCGGGCGUUGACAGAACGCUUUGAGGAAAAGCAGGCCAGGGCCGAGGCGAGGAUGGAGCAGCCACUCGGCACCUUCGAGGGACUUUUGCUCCAGCAGCCCACGCGAGACGGAGGAGGACGAGGGUCACACGGCGCCGUGGUGGACGGGGGCGCCGUGGGGGGUGCGGUUGGAAUCCCAGGGGGAACCGGGAGGGGUUCCGCCGCAGGGAACCUACUCGAGACUGUGGGUCCUGGCGCUCGGGACAGCGGCGGCGUCAGCGGUGGAGUAGCGGGCGGCACUACACCCGAGCCUGUUGAUCGCGGGAAAAGACGCAGCUGGGACAACUUGAAGGCGGGGUUCCAGCAGCCAGGUUACGCAACUCUGAACUGGACGCUUUCUGACUGGAACGGAGCAGUAACUGAACGAGUAGAGAUGAUAGAGGUGCAGGAGAUGAUGGGCAUGCUGCCAUCGCUACUGCAGGCCGAGUCGGAAGGGCAAGGCCAGGAGGGGUCGGCGGCGCUGCAAGAGGGCGCCGCGGGUGCGGCGGAAUUGGGGGUUCCGCCGAGCAGCCACCGAGAGCUGUACCCUGCGGUGGUCGUCAGGGAGGGCGACACUGCUGGAGGAGAGAGAAGCAGUGGGCCGGGCGUGGAAGGCGCCCUGGUGCGGGAUGUGGAGGUCCCUGCUGCAGGUGGGUUUGGUGCAUUCCAAGACACCAACUCUCUUCGUAGUACGUUCGGCAGUGCUUGCGUACAGCAGUCUGCUGCCGCCGGAGAGACUGGUGAGAGUGUCACAGCAACCGAUCAAUCCAUUCAGGGGAGGUCGGGUGGAGGAUGCGGGACGGCGGAAGGGUCGUGUCCACUGUUAAUCCUUGCUGUAGUAGCGGGCGGGGCGCACAGAAGUCGCCGGAAUUGAUGGUGCAACAGAACGGACGGAGGGGCCGUGAAGUCGCGCAGUUUUGGCGCGCAUUCCAUCUGCGGUAAGGCGGUGGAGCACCAGGACGGUAGAGAGACCGUUGGGCAGGAUUGCCGGAGACACUCAACCAUGGAUCGACCGCGCGACGGCGCGGGGGGGGGGGGGCGCCGUACAUGCUUGAUGCUGGCGGUGUUUUGUUAAGUCGAUCCAAGGCCGGCAGUAGAGGCCGGGUACGCCCUACCACGGUUGACACGCGCGACGGCGCGUCGUGGGGUGGGCGCCGAUCACGCGGGAGCGGGCGGCGUUUUUUGACCACAGCACGGACAGAGGGGCCGUGGCUGCUUUGCCUCGUCGUCGGAACGGGGGGGGCAGCAUUAUAAGGCGCGCGGAGGUGGCGCGCAAACCCAGCACGGACGGAGGGGCCGUGGCUGUUCUGCCUCGUCAUAGGAGCGGGGGGUGUAGCAUAUUAAGUCGCGCGGAGGUGGCGCGCAACCAUCAGCCGGAGGUGGGUGGUGGAACGGGGCACAGCUAAGUGGGUGUCAUCAAAGUCGCGUGGGGAGGUGCCGCGCGCAUUUCAUCAGCCGGGAACGAGCGGUGGAGACAAGAAUGCGUCAGGAUGGACGUGAGGAAUUAAAGGCGUGCUUCGCCAUCAAGAUGUGUUGGUGGAGUAGUUGGAAUAAGCUUGGAUUUUGUUGUCUUGUUUUGUGUGGAGGUACCAGUUUGAGGUCGUGAUGAAAUCAAGCAACUUGUAUUGGAGAAAAAUCUGUUCACUGUUGCGAGUUUCUUUCCGCCGUCAUUUGCGCGUUGUCUUGCACCCAAAUCGUGGUUGUUCUGAAUGUUUGUGUUCGUCGUUAUGCCAUUAGUGCAUCCUUCGCCGGUGACGUUGUGUUGCUGGUGAUGAUGGCAAAGUGUCGGGGGGUAGAGACGUUCACGUUGGUAGAAUUUGCCACCAUCACUCAUGUGUGGGGGCUACGCGAUUAUCUGUGACCCACGGCCUAAGUAGGAGGCGCAACAAGUGUUUUGUUUACCUGAGUUGUUGCAGAACAAGGGAGGGUGGAAACGGGCGUGUUUCUUUUGAGAAUGUUACGCUUGAAGAGUACGCCCGGUCUUGGUAUUAUGCAACUUGACAGGUUGGUGUGUCGGGCAGGUUGUAUAUUUCUCAAAAGCGGGCAUCCUUUGGAGAAUCGAGUUUGAUUGGUUUUUCAGUUGGAAACAGGUCAUGAUUUUGAGUUCGUGUAGGAUUGCAGAUGGUUGAACCGAAGGCAGGGAAAACGUACCUGUUCGAUGCAGUUUUCGUGUGGAAUGCAGAUAGACAGGGAGGGCGUUGCCUGUAUGUGUGUGACACCUGAAGAAUCAGUUGGUGCUGCACAGCAAGGAGUUCGUUCCAUCUUGUCGGAAGGAUUUGUCACAGGCGUUGCUCGAGGUAGUAGAGCGUUGCCUAGAAUUUGUAAUCCGAGCGUCUGGAGUGGUCUUAUCUUUGUCUUCUUGCAGUACGGCCGCUGGAAUCAUUGGUGAUAUGGACGGUUAUUGGAUUUUGUUUGAGCCGUUGGAAUCUUUCGUGAUAUGAUCGGCGUGAGGCGUUGAACUUCUGAGGGGUUUUGAUCCGGUGGCCGGGUUUCCCCUUUACUUUUGGUUUGUCGUUGUGUGUCGUUUUUUCGGACGUAUUUUCGACGCACUAGAGGUUCUUCACUGGCGUAAAGAACCAGGGAGGGUGUUCGUGCGUAGAAGUAGAUAGUCGAAAAGUAGCCGUUACCUAGGACGCAGCUGGGACAACUUGAAGGGUAUGUGCUGAGAGGCUUUGGAUGAUAGUGCGGAGUCCCCGUGUUCUCUCGAGAAUUGGGGCCUCUCCUCCUUCUCCCUCUCUCCUCUCUCAUGUGAGCUAAUACACACAGUUAAACAGCAGCCCCAAGUUCGCCGGCCCUUAACAAGGCUAGGGCUCA